AUGCCCGCCUGUCGGGAUGACCCGUGCGCCGGUGCCUGGAUCGGCAAGAGCUUUCUGAAGUUAUCCCAGCCUAAGCAAGGCGAGGCCGAUGAUAUCCCAGAAAACUGGAGUAAGAAACAGGCUCCAGUUCAGGCUUUCGAGCUCUCCAUGUCGUCGACGGAAACUCGAAGUAACUCGGCCCUCUUCAAGAGGGCCGAGCAGUUGAAACGUUGGGAUGAAUCCGACACUAACCGAGAGCCACACAAACCGAAACGGAAUGACAAGCGCAUCAAGUUUACGGACGGUUGUGUAUUUCUUGCUGCUUGUAGCGCAGGCGAUAAAGAAGAAGUCAAACGAAUGCUGGAACACGGCGCGGACAUCAACACGGCCAAUGUUGACGGACUUACUGCUCUUCAUCAGGCAUGCAUUGACGACAAUCUCGACAUGGUUGAAUUCCUCGUUGAACACGGCGCUGACAUAAACUGUGGAGACAAUGAAGGAUGGACGCCGCUUCAUGCGACAGCGUCUUGUGGAUUUCUCAGUAUUGCUUCGUAUUUGAUAGAAAAAGGAGCAAAUGUAGCAGCUGUGAAUAAUGAUGGUGAACUACCACUUGACAUCGCUGAAAUUAACGCGAUGGAACAACUUCUACAGGACGAAGUAGAUCGCCAAGGAAUCAAUUGCGAGGAAGCCAGGCAUGAAGAAGAAAGACUUAUGUACGAUGAUGCUUUGAAGUGUCUGAAUACUGGGCAUUAUUUUGAGGCUUCGCAUCCUAAAACAGGUGCUACUGCUUUGCACGUAUCUUCCGCGAAGGGAUACGUUAAAGUGAUGAAGGUUUUGGUGGAUGCGGGGGCUGAUUUAAAUGCCCAAGAUUAUGAUGGUUGGACCCCCCUGCAUGCAGCUGCCCACUGGAAUCAACGUGAUGCUUGCGAGCUUCUCGCGAAUAAAUGGUGCAACAUGGACAUAAAGAAUUUUGUGGGUCAAACUGUUUUUGAUGUUGCUGAUCCGGAAGUGCUUCCAGUUUUGGAAGAAUUGAAGAAGAACCAAACUCUGUGGAAGAAAGAUCCAGAAAUUCAAGCAGUAUUGAUGCGUCGACCACUGGCUCCCAUUCGAAGACGAGCUUCCGUUCCGAAACCCGUCGGGAUAGAUAAAGCUAUCAUCGGUGGGAAGACGGUUCCCGCUGAAGUCAGUGGUAUAGGUGAUGCACCGGGUAAAAAGCUGAAGGCAGAUUCAGAAAAUGAAUCUGACAAGGGGGAAGACACGUCUUCAUCCAUGGAUAGUGACGUUGAAUUCGGCGAUAUUCGCUAUGGAAGGAGUACUGAGGUCUUGAAUGAAGAAGGUGGAGAAAUGGAGCUUAGUGAUGAAGGGAGUGCUGAAGAGAGCAAUGACGAAACUGUCAGUGAUAGUGAGGGGGGUCGGGAAGAUGAAGAACUUGGCAAUGACGACAUUUUGGGAGACAGCGAUGAAGCUAGUGAAGUCGAAGAAUUGAUCUCUUCUGAUGCUGAGUCGGAACUAGAGUACCCGACAGAUGACGAUCGUUUACGAUCCGAGCGGAAAAAUCGUACCAGUCGGGAUGCUUUCCGCAUUGUGCCAUCAAAAACUCCCCAAGGAAUAAAAGAAAAUGUUACCAAAGAAUCUGAACCUGUGUUGAAGCCGGUACCCAAUUUCAAGCCUCGAGAACCCUUGGAAAACGAGGCCCCUUCAUUGACCAUCAAAACGAAUGACGAAGACGUGCCCUCGUGGCGUAAAGCUGGCUCAUUCAGGAAUAAAGAGCGGGGAGACGCUCCAAAACGUGAGGAACCUGCUCUAGUGAUCAACACCCGGUUACCUGCAUCAUCGCAAGAGACACCACAGGUCUUGCUGGAUGCAAACGCCACCGCAGCUCCUCAGUCGAGACGAGCCUUCAAUACCAUACUAGAAAGUGAUAAAAGCUUUUACGCCCAGUACACUCGUCUGCGUCAGCGGAUCGAGGAAACUGCCUCUCGACCGGGGAAUGAUAACCAGACUGAAAAUCGGCAAACGUGGUCUGCGCCCCCGUCACCGUUAUUAUCGGGCGCAAACCACGAGGUACAAUUGCCGUCGUCCGUGGCCGACGCUUUGUUGUCAGCGCGGCGGCGUGCAAACUCAUCGACAAGUCGAGGCAGUCCUAAAACCCCGUCGGCCCAAUCUGCUGUGAUUGUUGGAGUGUACCCCAAAGGAGACAGUAUUGUUUCCGCUUACCCUUCAGACCUUUCUCUGAUGGAGGCGCCUGGUGUUCAGUCUUUUACUCGGCACUCACUUAGGUCGUUCGUGCCGCCAGUUCGGGACGAGGAAAGCGAGACACAGCGUAAAGCUCAUGCGAAGCGAGUCCGUGAGACUCGUCGGUCGACGCAAGGCGUGACGCUGGAUGACAUCAAAGCUGCUCAGCAAACCAUAAAGCAGCAAAAUCAAACUGCUACUAAUGCCCUCGUACGUGUACCCGAAUGUUUUUCGUCGAAAGAACUCUGUUCCAAGUCGGGGAUUUCGUUUCUUUCCAAGGAGCAGAAUUCUCCCACCUCAACUGCUGUACCUACUGCAACCGCGACUGUGCUGCCAGGUUCCGACAAUUCCCCGAUCAAAGGCUCAAGUGAGCGACGGCCAUCGUGGAAACUGACGAAAGAUGAUGGUGAUCGAAAUAAGUUUCAGCUGGAGGAUGCGAGAGCGGAAAAAGACCGCAAAGAUCGGAGCCGCGUAGAGGCUGACACAAACAACGACGAUGAUGAAAAUGGGAAUAGCGGAGGAAACAGUGCUUCCCAAUCAGCAAUCCAAAGAAAACGGCGACCGAAGCGUAGAUCGACGGGUGUUGUGCAUUUUGAUCCCGACGAUCCCAACUCAGAAUCCGGUGACCAAAAUUUCGACGUUGAAGCAACAACCGUCGUAAUUCCACUACCUGAUCGUUUUGUUCGUCGAACUGAAAGCAGUUCCACAACUUCCGCUACCAUGGGGUACGCGUUGGCGCUGAGUCAUUUUCGCGAGCGUGGACAGAGAGCGUCUUUCCUGAAGUCCGCGGCUGUGUGA